UUCUCCGGUCAGCCUCGAAGAACAGACAGACAACGGAUCUAGCCGACAUCAGUCCUUACCAAGUUCUCACAAGCCGAUGCUGUUUGGUCAAGUGACAACUGAUCCUAGCUAAGAUCGGGAUUAAGAUGUUUGAAGGACGUGCUGCAUCGCCUCUGGCAUUAUGACGAACUCUAUUUAAGCCCUUCCACACUCCUUCCUGCUCCAACCCAGGUCAAUCACAUCUGACUGUUAGCCUGACGCACAUACGACGAAGGCUAUUGAUAAGCCAACAUGCCUCUAUACGAAGUUGCACACGCUGCGUCUCUUAGCCCAGGCCAGAAAGAUUCACUAGCAGAGGCUAUUACCGAUCUUCACGCCAACAGGUUCAAAGUACCUCGUUGGUACAUAAAUGUGACUUUUACGGACGCAUCUGUCCAGACAUCUUACAUCGGAGGUCGCCAGCGUAUCACUAAUCGCAUCACUGCUCGCGUCCGGAACGGCUCCACUCGAAGUCGAGAGGCAUUCAAUGAACUCUGCAGCGAUAUCAACGAUGCCUGGCGUCGUAUUGUGCAUCUGGAUCUCCCGACAUCAACAUUGCCGCCGAGGGAGCUUGAGUUAGCUGCCAUUUACAUCACGGGGGAGCUUCUGGCGGGUAUGAAAUUUGGGUUUCAGGUUCCAGCUGCAGGCUCUGAGAUGGCGUGGUCUGAGAUUCAUCAUUCCUCAUUCAAAGCGAGAGCAGCCUUAGGGGACGAAGAUUUUGUUGAAUUCGUUGCAGGACUGGAAAAGAAGCCUGGGUUCAAUAGAUCGACUUGAUGAUGCUCCAUGAUUCCAUGACAGCACAGCGGGUUUUCUACUUUUGUUUUUUUUUUUCUUUCAAUCAUAUGUGUAUCUGAUGGAUGCUUCGUUGCUCUAAAACAAUACCGCAUAAGGCCUACGCCGAACUCGUGCAUAAGCCUAAAGCGAUGCUUGCCAGAAAGGUGCGGUCCCUGCUUAG